AUGGAGAGCCGUGGUUAUGCAUUUAAGCGCAACCUGGGAGAAGGCAUGAGUGGCAAAGUUGUGUGCGCGUACUCGGCCCGCCUGAGGAGACGGGUCGCCAUAAAGGUUAUAGACAAAAAGAAGGCGAAUACUAAUUACUUGGAAAAUUUUCUGCCUCGUGAAAUAGAGAUCAUCAGGUCUUUGGACCAUCCCAACAUUGCCAAGACAUUUGACGUCUUUGAAUCACUCACAAGCAAGGUCUACAUUGUGAUGGAGCUCUGUGUGAAAGGCGACGUCUUGAAUUACAUCGAUACCAAAGGGGCCUUCCCUGAAAAUUCAAGCUGCAGGCUUUUCUCACAGCUGUGCGAUGCCAUCCAAUAUCUUCACGACAGCAACGUGGCCCACAGAGACCUCAAAUGUGAAAACCUGCUGCUGGACACAGAGUUCAGCCUCAAAGUGUGUGACUUUGGGUUCAGCAAGAGGCUCACGUACGCAGACGGGCGGAUGGUGCUUAGUAAAACCUUCUGUGGCACCCCGUCUUACGCAGCACCAGAGAUUAUGAGGAGUUUCCCAUACAACCCCAAAGUGUCUGAUGUGUGGAGUAUGGGUGUCGUGCUGUACAUGAUGCUCUACGCGUCGAUGCCCUUUGAUGCCACCAACGUGAAGAGGAUGUUGAGAAUUCAGAUUCAGCAUAAUAUCCAUUUCUCAGACACGCCGGCUGUUUCAUCUGAGGCAAAGGAGCUUAUCCGAAGCAUUCUGCACCCUAAUGUGGAGAAGCGAAUCACCAUCAGCAAAAUAUUACAGUGUGCCUGGAUCUUACAGGAAGGGAGAAUGGAGGACAGCGACGAGGAGCACACAUCAAAUGCCGGCUCUGGGCAGGAAGGACCUCCAGAUGAAAAGGCCAAAGAGAGUUCAGACCCAGGGGAAGGACCAUCAGCUGCUGCCCCAAGACACUGA